CGCAACAACACGUGGAAGGGACCAGGGAAUCCUUAUAAAGACAAGGAUCCCGAUGACAGAAAUGUCAGAAUGUCCCACUAAUUUUCAUUUCCAAGCUCGCUUCAGACUGCUGCACAUUCACCAUGGCCCCCAAGCCCCUUCCUCUUGUGAUCAUCGCCUGUCCCCCAGAGCAUGGACACACACUCCCCCUCCUUCCCCAUGCCACUCACCUAAGCCAACAGGGCUAUGAGGUGCAUUUCAUUGCCGGCAGCGCUCUGCAGGACGCAAUCACACAAACCGGGGCAAAUUUCCAUCCCGUUCAGACGGUGAUCACCGAUGAGAAGCUGGAACAAAUCCGCGCCAUCCCUGAAGGCCCGGACCGCUUGAUUCAUGCUAUGAAGGUAACCUUUCUGGAUUUGAUUCCAGAAUCCAGCAAGUCACUUAAAGCUGUUCUGGAGAAGCUUCGCGAGGAGCAGCCAGGCCGGGAGAUCGUCAUUGUCCAGGAGUGGGUAUCCAUGGGGACAAUGCCUUUCGUCCUGGGCGCGCCGCUACCCAAAGGCUUCGACAAGCUUCCUCCGGUGAUCUCAUUCACUACAGUUCCCCUAACAGUCUCAAGCAUCGACACCGCCCCAUUCGGACCAGGCCUGCCGCCGGAUUCCAGCGAAGAGGGACGGGCCCGCAACAUCGCCAUGUACAAAGGCGCCGCCGAUACGUUGGACCUCGAAAUCAAUAAUUACAUCAACGCGGUGGUCGCAAAUCUUGGGGCAACCGAGCAAAUUACUGAACCUUUCUUCAACAAUUGUCUCGUGGGUGCGGACCUUUUAGCCGUGCCCUAUAAUCAAACCUUGGAGUAUCCCCGAAGUGACCUGUCCCCGAAGGUCCGAUUCAUUGGCGCGACUCCGCGCAAACCGCUCAAUCCUUCGAUCCCGGUGCCUGAAUGGUGGGGGGAGGUUCUCGAGGCCAAGCAGGGAGCAAACCCCAAGAAAGUCAUCUUCGUUUCUCAGGGUACCUUCAUUCUCGAUUACCGCAUGCUCCUCAUUCCGAGCAUUGAAGCCCUCGCAGCCAGAGAUGACUGUCUGGUGGUUGGAGUUUUAGGCCAGAAAGGAGCCAAGUUGGAUGGAGUGACGGUUCCCGCAAAUACCAGGAUUAUCGACUAUCUUCCCUACGAACUCAUUCUUCCGCAUGCUGAUGUGUUCGUGUGCAAUGCGGGAUUUGGAGGGUUCCUAACUAGUCUCAUGCAUGGUGUGCCUAUGGUUCUGGCUGGAGAGGGUCAGGACAAAGCCGAGGUGGCGAUGCGAGGCGAGUAUGCCGGAGUGGGUGUCAAUCUACGAUCGGCAACCCCGAGCCAGGAGGCGAUUCAGAAGGGAAUCGAUGACGUUCUUACCAACAAGGCGUACAAGACGCGAUGCUUGGAACACCAGGCGGAAAACGAGAAGCUCAAUGGGUUGGUUCAGCUGGAAAAGCUCAUCCAGGGUUUUGUGUAAGCCGGCUGCAGCAUCUAUUCAUCAGGUCACUGGUGAUGUAGUUCUCUACCACGUACUGUGAAUUUCAUGUAUGAUGAACAUAAUCCCAUCAAUUGAUCUUAAUUCUCUCCCCGAGAUGAUUUCCGUCACUCUAGAGAAAUUCCAUCCGUAUGACCACAAAAAUGAAUGGAUC